AGUGCGCACGUUGCUACAUACAGAGCUCGCCGGGGCGUCCACUCUCCCGCUGUAGUCAUGCGCGAAUCUUCUCUGCUAUCGCAUCGACCGAAAUAAGAGUUGGAUUAAACGCGCGUUUGUCGCGGUCGAGCUCGGCGGUCUCGGCAGAUUUACGUACACGCCCCGCCGCCGCCGCCGCCGGGUCUGGCUGGACUAUCCUCCAUGUGUGACCGGAUUGCCUACAAAAAAUCGAUUGGGGAAGGUGCUGCGGGCCGCGGUGUGGCUAUGGGCUGGAGCUAAUCGUUUCGGCUAGGUGGAUGUGGAGUGGCGAAUUUCCGAAUAACUUACACCCCCGUCUGCGGCACCAGCGUUAGUUCAAGGAAAUACCAUCAGACACAAUGUCGUCGAAUAAAUUGACAUCGCUCGUAGUCAAAUGACAAUAACUAGAAUAAAGUGCCGGGAGCGCUCAUGAGACAGUCGUGCCAUCGUCUGCUUGAGCACCAACAGGCCGGGGGAGACGAACCCCCGCUUUACUCACCAAUAGACCAAAUUUCAGUGGUACCGGAACAUGUGGGCCGCGAGGCCGGCGGCAAGCUGACACGAUAUGCGCCGACGGAGGAAGACGAGGCGACACUCAGGGAACUUCUUCUUAGCCUUCAGAGACAGGUGAGCGUGAUGAGUAUGAAUCUUUCCGCCAAGCUGGACGAGUUACAGCGUGGCGACCGACAGCUCGAGACCACGGUGGCUCUAUGCGAGAUCCGCACGCAACUCCAAGAACUCACCAAGAGUGUUGAAUCAUGUCAAAGCGAAGUAUCUGAGGUAAAACGAGACAUGGUUGCCAUCAAGCAAGAAUUGGAUACUGUACAGCAGGUGAAGGAAGAAAUCGAGGAGUUGCGAGAAUAUGUCGAUAGACUUGAAGAGCAUACUCAAAGGCGGAAGCUGAGACUUCUUGAGCAAGGCUUAACAUUCUUCCUGUCAUAUGCCAUCUUAGCCGCAGUCCUCGGUAUGCUGCAAUUCGGUUACAACACUGGCGUCAUCAACGCUCCUGGCAGAAACAUCGAAAACUUUAUGAAAGACGUUUACAAGGACCGUUACGGCAAGGAUAUCCAGGAUGAUGCCGUCAAUACAUUGUAUUCCAUCGCAGUGAGCAUCUUUGCAAUUGGUGGAAUGCUUGGCGGUUUCUCGGGUGGAAUGAUCGCAAAUCGAUUUGGAAGGAAAGGUGGAUUAUUGCUCAAUAACAUUCUUGGUAUUAGCGGCGCGAGUCUUAUGGGAUUCACAAAGAUAUCGCAUUGCUAUGAAAUGCUGUUCUUCGGUAGAUUCAUCAUUGGAGUCAAUUGCGGGCUAAAUACGUCAUUAGUGCCAAUGUACAUAUCUGAGAUUGCGCCCUUAAACCUUCGCGGUGGAUUGGGCACGGUAAAUCAGCUAGCUGUCACUGUAGGUUUGCUUCUAUCCCAAGUUCUUGGCAUCGAGCAAAUACUUGGCACCGAUGAGGGCUGGCCCAUACUUCUCGGUUUGGCGGUAUGCCCAGCUAUUUUGCAGCUUUUGCUCUUGCCUGCUUGUCCUGAAUCUCCUCGCUAUCUGCUUAUCACUCGCCAAUGGGAAGAGGAAGCACGACGGGCAUUGAGAAGAUUACGAGCUAGUAACCAAGUGGAAGAAGAUAUAGAGGAGAUGCGUGCUGAAGAAAGAGCUCAACAGGCAGAAGCAUCGAUAUCAAUGAGAGAGCUACUGUGUUCCCCUACUCUUCGCGCCCCACUGCUCAUUGGUGUCGUGAUGCAACUGUCGCAACAGCUUAGCGGAAUUAAUGCGGUGUUCUACUACUCAACGUCUCUGUUUACUUCUUCGGGGCUUACCGAAGAGUCAGCGAAGUUCGCAACAAUGGGUAUCGGGGCUAUAAUGGUAGGGAUGACCCUGGUCUCCUUACCACUCAUGGAUCGCACCGGACGCCGAACCCUUCAUCUUUACGGUCUUGGGGGAAUGUUUAUCUUCUCUAUAUUCAUCACCAUCUCAUUCCUUAUAAAGGAGUUUUUCGGCUAUGUACAGGAAAUGAUAGACUGGAUGAGCUACCUGUCCGUGGUGUCAACGCUCAGCUUCGUAGUGUUCUUCGCUGUGGGGCCUGGUUCAAUUCCUUGGUUAAUCACUGCCGAACUCUUCUCACAAGGACCUAGGCCGAGCGCAAUGGCAAUCGCUGUUUUAGUAAAUUGGAUGGCCAAUUUCGUAGUUGGAAUCGGCUUUCCGAGCAUGAAGGCCCUACUGGAAAACUAUACAUUCCUGCCUUUUAGUGUAUUCCUUGCAAUUUUUUGGAUAUUUACGUAUAAAAAAGUUCCUGAAACAAAAAACAAGACCUUUGAGGAGAUAUUAGCGUUGUUCCGAAAUUCAAAUGGCAGUGUCAGAACAGUCGUCGGCUGGCGGGGAAGCGGGUCGGCCACCACCGCCGCUGCCACCGCCGCGGUUCCCGACGCAGGGCAACGUCUGACAAUGGGAGACCACUGCGCGUGCGCCCCUCGUUGCGCCGAUCAAGGCCGCCGCCAACUUCUUGUUUCAUGGACUCAAGCGCCAAGCGGUAGGCCGUGCCUCUAUCACUACCACACAACAAAUGUUCUAAAUUGAUGUGAUUAGGUUAAUAAAACGAAACUAGUAUGUAAGUCACGGCGUAAAGUUAAUAUAGUACUUUAGUCUGUCAUUUUAUGACAUAAGAUAUAAAAGUGCAUACCUAGGUACCGUCGGUAUAAGAUGGUUCUUAUACCAUUUUCAAUGCAUCAAAAAAUUUUACUAAAUGAGAAUUUAAUUAAAAUAAAUUAAGAUGAAAAUGUUUCAAAUGAGAUUCGUAAUAUAAUCGAAAAGCAGGUUAUAUAAGGAAUACUAACUGCCAAGUAGAGUUCAUUUCACGAUUCCAUAACUAAAAUAUCACUGUAUCCACGGUUAAUAAGAACAUCCAGUCAGUUGCAGACAUAAAAAUAAGUAUUAAUAUUAAGUGAAAAAAUAUACAAUAACUAUAAACGAAGCCUAUCCUUCUUUUUGUAAAUGCCAUUUGGUUAUAUAUUUUACCAUAGACAAACUGGUUCCUCGUUUAACUAAAACUUGCGUUAUAAGAGACAAGCGUAUUUUAUAAAAACGCAAAAAUAUUAUUUAAGCUUUGGAUGAUUAAUCUAUAUUUGAAUAAAGCUACAGUGCGUAGGUAGUUGCGACUAAAUCAUAGUAAUGUAAGAUCACAAAAUGGGUAUCUCGGGUACAUUGACCUUAUUGGGAAAUGUAGUCACAUUGGGAACGUACCGUUGUUGGUACUAUAAUAUUAGUGACACGAGAUUAUGACUUACACACUAAUUGAAAAUUGUAUUGCAAUUUCAUUUGAAAGAAAAUAUCGAUCCCUAAUCAGGAAUUUUUAAAAUCGAUCUGUCAAGGGUAUCUUUUCUCCUACUUAAUGAAGAGAGAUAUUCAAAUUCUGUAGUAUAAAAUCUAUUAAGUUAAAAUGUGGCUUAUUAUUGAAGUUAUAUUUCUUUUGGCGCGAUGGAGAAAAAUUAUGAGAGAGGAUUUUUACGAUGCGCGCGCACACUAACACCGAAAUUCGACAUCGUAAAGUUAGGUCUAGGCGGCAUGGAGACCGAUAACUAAGUUCAAGUUGCAUAUUCUAGUAUUUUUAUAUUUAGAACACGUGUUUCGUAACAGUACAAUUAAACAGUGUGUAUAAAUAAAUAUUAUUGGUUUUUUUAAAUCA